UAGCCCUGACAGAAAAAUGCGCACCAUGACUACGAGUACAUUAUUAGCCUGACACAAUAUAAAUUGUGAGACUGUAAAAAAGACACGGCGUCAGCGAGAAGUGCAAGAAAAAGACAAUAAGAAUAACACUACAGUUGCAAAACUUUCCUGAUACGAGCAGGCACCCACGCCACGGCGAUAUUUACAUUUAUAAAAAGUUUGUUGACUGGAAACAGAUGCUUUACCUGCGCGCAGUGUUUUACUCCUGGCGCGUGGCCAGUUAACCGUGCGCACACGCACCUGCGCCAGGUGUAGAGGGAGCCCCGCCGCUUCGAAUCCCGCACCGGCGGUACCACGGAAGAAGAGCGAGAGGAGGAGGAUUUCUCGCGUACUGCCUGGCAACCAUUAAUUUUUGCUUUAAAUUUCACUGACGAACUAAGAUUUGUCCGUGCUGCCAAGCAAGACUUCACAAACAUGCCCUUGGCAAAAGACCUUCUCCACCCUUCUCUUGAUCGAGAGAAGAAACAACACAAGAAGAAAAGGCUGGUUCAGAGUCCCAACUCAUAUUUCAUGGAUGUGAAGUGUCCAGGCUGCUAUAAGAUCACCACAGUGUUCAGCCAUGCCCAAACGGUGGUGCUCUGCGUGGGCUGCUCCACCGUGCUCUGUCAGCCGACUGGAGGAAAGGCUCGGCUCACGGAGGGUUGCUCGUUCAGAAGAAAGCAGUACUGAGUACAGUGAAAGUGACAUUUGACAUAUAAGGUUACCACUAUGCAUUUAACAUUUAAAUUCUAAUCAAGUAUGCAAUAAUUCACUGGAAUUUCUGUCCUGUAGUCUGUUCACCUUUCUGAUUAUAAUCUUAAAUGCUACUAUGAUCUGUUUUAAAGAAAAGCAAUGUAUGGCUGUCGGUAAAACUUGUGCUGUAAUUGGGGUUUGUUUUGCUAAAUGCAGUUC